GUGACGUAAACUGCGUCAUCACGCAGCCUGCGUCCUCUCAACAAACGAGGCACAUUUGUUUCGGUUUGUGGAGGGUUGAUGACAGAGCCGCUGAAGUUGCAGAAAGUGUAAGGAUUCCAUACAGAAUAAAGGUUAAACUGUGGACAGACGAGGACACGGGAGUUAUCAACAUGGCUGCGCCCAUCAUCAAAUCCAAACAAGCGCAGAAGGAAGUCAAUGGAAUUCCAACAGAAGUCGUCUGCACGGAGUUCAGUAAUUACAUAUUCGUAGUUCUCACUCAGUACGGCAAAAUUGGGACAUUGAUAUCUGUCACACCUGACUCCAGAUCUAAUGAUAUCAGUACCCCAUCGUUCUCCACUAAAGUGCUGCUGGGCAAAGACGAGCCAAUGACACAUGUCUGUGCCAAAAACCUGGGAAUGUUUGUGUCACAAGAAGCUGGCAGCAGGCCCGUCUUACUUGGACUGGCACUGAAGGAUUCCUCCAUAGAUGCAGUAAAACAGAUUAAAGAGAUCAUCAAAAGUUGUCAAGUCUGGUAGGGAGUCAUAGAAACGGACUUGAAGCCUGUAGAUUUGGUGGAAUACUGAUCAUCUAGAUACCCCCGUGUCACAUUUUUCCUCUGCUUCUAUUUUGACCAAAACCCUUCCCUAAAACUAAUCUGUAAUUUCAAAAUUAUAGGCUAGUGCUCCAAGAUAGAAGUGUAUGGAUCCAAAUGUAAUUCCUUUGACCCUUUUUAUUUGUUGAGAAAGUACAAGAUGUCUUCUGGAAAACAUGCUGGAGACUUCAUGUAUUUGUAAAGGAUUUCCUGCAUCCCACCAUCCUCUCAAAGACUGAAAAAUGUGUGUCCUCGGUUAACACUGUAUAAAAUAUGUAUUGGCGAUGCAGUUUUUGGUAAUGUUUCAUACUGCUCAUUAUUUUUUGUGUUUUAGAAUGCAAACAUUGAAAUAAAUUCUUAAAGGACACCA